AUGGGAGUUAUAACUGUCCUUCUAUCCGGUGACUUUCGCCAGACCCACCCCGUUGUACCUAAGGGGACAAGCGCCGACGCUAUUCGAGCGUGCUUGAAAACGUCACAACUUUGGCCCACUCUUAGACCAUUGCACCUUACCACCAACAUGCGUGCACACCUAACUGGCGAUGUUGGGUCCGCCGAAUUUUCGAAUUCAUUAUUACUUGGCGAAGAUCAUGAUAUAGCGUCUACUUCAAACUCUGCUUUGCACUUUUCUGUGUGCCGCGGCGAUGACCAACCCGGCGUCUCUGCAAAUGCUGCAAAACACCCAGGCGAGGCAACCUUAGCAGGCGUUCUAAAAAAGCCUCACCAGAUUAAGGAAAAACCGGAGCAGGAUUCCAUUAGUUGCACCUCCUUGGGGGGAGAAGCGGCUGGCGUCUACUUCAACCUCUGCUUUACAAUCUUUCUGAGUGCCGGGUCGUUCAUCGCCACGGAUUGCAAAGUGUACCAAAAUACCAUCGAUAAGCUACUCGCAAUGCAGCCGACGACCAUGCAACUUCCAUUCGACGGUCCCUGGAGACCACGGCUGAAAAAACCGCACGUAACGCAGCGAAAGAUGCGGCAACGUCUAUUCGAUGGUCCCAGGAAUCCAUGA